AAUACAGUACCUAUAGAAACCAACUAUAUAAGUUCCCCACAUCUUCUCCUCACUCCUCACUCCUCGCAACAAACCCCAACAAGAAAGUUAUUAAUUAGCAACUUAUAGCCACAAAACUAGAAUCUUGCCUUAUGGCUUGCUUCAAGACCCUCGCAGUCCUGGCUCUUGUCCUUGUUCUUUGUGUGCAAGGAACUCUAGGAGAGAUAAAAUGCGAGCAUCUUGACCAAGACACAUGUUCUUAUGCAAUAUCGUCGACGGGCAAGCGAUGUGUCCUAGAGAAGCAUGUCAAAAGGAGUGGACAAGAAUCAUACAAUUGUCGUACCUCUGAAAUUGAAGCAGAUAGAUUAAGGAACUGGAUCGAAAGUGAUCAAUGCAUUAAAGCAUGUGGACUUGACAGAAAAACACUUGGAAUCUCAUCUGAUUCUCUUCUUGACUCUUGCUUUACAAAACACCUUUGUUCUUCAGAGUGCUACAACAGCUGCCCUAACGUCGUUGAUCUUUACUUCAAUCUUGCUGCUGGAGAAGGUGUGUUUCUUCCCAAGCUGUGCGAAGCAAAAGAAGGAAAUGGUAGAAGAGAGCUAAUAGCCGAUAUAAAGAGCUCUGGUAUUGUUGCAACAGGACCAAUUCAUGCAGUGAAGUUCACUGCUGCUGCUCCUUUAGUUGCCCCAGCUUUGGCACCCUAUUAAUGAGUUCUUGCCACAGAGAAAUUAAGCAAAAAGAAUCAAAUAUACGCGUGGGAUAAUUAGAUAUUAAGCAUACAAAUUACUAGCAAUAAAUUAGUAGCACUGGUCGAGAUUUUAGUAGCCGGCCUACUUCCACCAAGUAUGUUCUUGCUGGCUCUAUCAUUCGAGGCACUAAGUUGUUAUCACUGCUAUGGUAGAUUAUAUUGUACUAUUAUAGAUUACAUAGCCGGUUUGUUUUCUUGAAAGGAGAUAUAGAUAUACUAUAACCAAUCAAUAAAGUAUAAGGUUUGGUUUUAAAUUUCA